GGCUGGUGUGAUUGUUUGUCUUCUAACCCUUAACCCCUAAACUAUUCAUUUUCUUGAUUAAUCGCAUUAGAAGCAUUAAUUUAUCACCACUAAAGUAAUUCUUCUUAUUCUAAUUGAAAAUGGUGUUCACGGAGGCAUUUAAUUAUGUUGUCUUCGACAACCCUGUAUCGAAAACUAUUCUCAAACCUAUACUGAAUAGCGCGGUGACACAUGCACCUCCAGAAAUAAAGGUGGUAACAGAAAGAAUUCCAUUAUGGGAGCUAGCUGCUGAACAUGCACCGAUUAUUCGAUUCGUGGGUCUUAGCGGUGCACUAGCUGUAGGAUUAGGCGCAUAUGGCAGCCAUAAAUCAUAUCCUAAAGAUAAGGAGAGCGAGUUAAAAUCUAUCUAUGAAACGGGAAAUAGAUUUCAUUUUUUGCAUACGUUAGCUUUAUUAGCAACUCCUAUGUGCAGACGUCCUCUACUCUCAUCUUCGCUAUUCGCAGUGGGCACCACUCUCUUUUCAGGUCCUUGCUAUUAUCAUGCUUUUACGGGUGAGAAUAGAUUUGGUAGACUUGCGCCGAUCGGGGGUUCUAUUUUAAUAUUGGCGUGGUUGUCAUUGAUUUUUUAGAUUCUUUGGAUCAUGAUACAUAUGGCUUCAUGUUUACUUUAAUUAGUAGGUGUAAGUGCCAUAAAGGCUUCUCUGUAGGUAGUGUUAUAUAGCAUUACUUGGAUGUUAAUUUUAAGUUGUUCAAAUUUUGUAAAUAAAUUGACAUUCUAAAUGGUGA